AUGCGAGGAAUCGAAGGUCGUUUUGGGACAGAGGUGCCGCUUGUCAAUGACAUUGACCCCGAUGACCUGGAGCAAACCUUGGAGGAAGAGUCUCUGCUAGCUUAUUCCGAUGAGUUCGAUGAGAACGAUGAGAACGCGCAGGACCCGGCAGACAACUCUCCCUACGCCCAGGUGCGGGCUUCAGUCGCGGCCACCGACAACACGACGCUUUCCAUCAACACUCCACGGAUCCCGACCAAUGAGCAACCCCAUGUCUUUGUUCCUUGGGAAAAGAGAAGCAAGCUGGACCGGCUGCGACUAUGGCUCGCCCAGGGUCACUGGAACGAGAAGGAACAUAGUUGCGUCUAUGUCAGCAGCAAUGUUUCGUUCGGCUUUGCCUUUGCGACAGACGUUAUCGUUGAGCAGACCAAGUUCUACAAGCAGGAUGCUCCACUACUCUACCAGAUUCUCCUCACCAUCUCUACCCAAAUCAUGGGCUACACCUUCGCCGGCCUCACGCGGGGAUUCCUUGUCCGGCCAAGCGGCAUGAUAUGGCCCGGUACUCUCAUGUCAGCCGCCAUGUUCACUACCAUCCACAAACAGGAGAACCAUGUGGCGAAUGGGUGGAAGAUGACCAGGUGGAAGUUCUUCCUGAUCGUGUUCCUUGCCGGUUUCCUCUUCUACUUUGGGCCCGGCCUCCUGUUUCCCGCCUUGAGCUAUUUCAACGUCAUCACCUGGUUUGCUCCCAAGAAUGUUGUUGUUGCCAAUCUCUUUGGCGUCGUAUCUGGCUUGGGAUUGUUUCCCAUGACAUUUGACUGGGCCCAGGUCGCCUACAUCGGAUCGCCUCUUCUGACCCCAUUCUGGGCGGCCAUGAACGUGGUUGGUGGUCUUGUCGUUGUCAUGUGGAUCGUUGCACCUAUCGCGUACUACAGCAACUGGUUUUACUCCGCUUAUAUGCCGAUAUUAUCAGCAGCCGUUUUCGACAACACGGGCAACGUAUAUGAUGUCAGCAAGGUCCUUACGAAGGAUUUCGUUUUUGAUCGUGAAGCCUAUUCAAGGUAUAGCAGAGUCUUCCUUCCGAUCACAUAUGUCCUCGGCUAUGCCGUUCAGUUUGCCGGCCUUGCCUCGCUGCUUACACACACCAUAUGCUGGCACGGCAGAGACAUCUGGGCUCAGUGGAAGCAAACUCUGGGUGAAGUAAAAGGCGCAGAGCCCAAGGGCUCGUAUGAGCCGGUUGUAGAGUCAACCGAGGGGCUAAAUGGGACUUCGAGCCGGCGGAGCGCGAGAUCAAGCUUUACUGGAUCUCACUCGAGCACGGAGAAUAUCAUGAACAGGGAAGACGUACACAACCGGCUGAUGAGGAGGUACAAGGAUGCGCCGAUGUCGUGGUACCUCAUCACUUGCGUAUCAAUGCUGGCCAUUGGCAUGUUUGUCGUUGAAUAUUAUCCGGUCCAUUUGCCCUGGUAUGGCCUACUUCUCGCGCUCGGAAUCUGCAGCAUCCUGUUCAUCCCCAUCGGCAUCAUCAUGGCGGUCACCAAUCAGCACAGCAGCAUUUACCUGAUCUGCCAGCUCGUGGCCGGCGCCAUCUUCCCCGGCCGACCCGUUGCAAACAUGGUCUUCGUGACCUACGGCUACAUCUCCUCGGCGCAGGGCAUCAAGUUCGCCGCUGACCUCAAGCUCGGCCACUACAUGAAGAUUCCGCCUCGGAUCCUUUUCUCAGUCCAAAUGGUAGCCACCAUUGUCUCGUCCCUCACGCAGAUUGGCGUCCUCAACUGGAUGUUCAAGAACGUCCCCGGCCUUUGCACGCCGGAGGCCCUGAACGGUUUCACCUGCCCGAUUGCCCGCGUGCACUUCAACGGAUCGAUCCUAUGGGGCGUCGUCGGACCUAGCGAGUUCUUCGGCCCCGGCGCAACCUACCGGCCGCUCGUAUGGGCAUUCGCCAUCGGAGCCGUCCUUCCGAUUCCCCUGUGGCUGUACGCACGCAAGAGGAAGGAUAGUAUCGUGCGGAAAAUCAACCUCCCCGUUCUCUUUGGCUCGCUGGGCUGGAUCCCGCCGGCGACGGGCCUGAACUUCUCGGUGUGGGCGCUCGUUUGCUAUGUUUUCAACUACGUGAUCAAGAACCGGGCGCAGGCGUGGUGGGCUAAGUACACGAUGACGCUUAGCGCGGCGCUGGAUUCGGGCCUGGCGUUUGGUAUCGUGGUUGUUUUCUUCGGGUUUAUCUAUCCCGGGGUGACUAAGGGGUUUAGUUGGUGGGGGACGGAGGUGUAUAAACAGGGGUGCGACUGGCAAGCUUGUGCGUACCAGGCGGUGCCGGAGGGUGGAAGGUUUGGGCCUGAUGUUUGGUAG